AUACUCGAUGUACAACCCCGAAUUGGGCUACAGCCAGGGCCUAAGCCAUGUGGCAGCCCUGCUGCUGAUGUGGCUGAGUGAAGAGGAUGCUUUCUGGGCCCUAGUCCAGCUCAUGGGGACAGCCAGCACGCGAUGCAUGAUUUCUACACACCAGACUCCCCAAAACUGGAGCGAUUCCAGCACCACCUGGGAGACAUCAUGCAUCGCGUGCUGCCCUCCCUGGAGAAACACCUGGAGAAGGAGGUUGUGUACCUUGAGGACUACACCGCACAAUGGUACAUCCAGUGCUUCCUGGAUGGGGUGCCGUUCCCCCUGGCACUUCGGAUGUGGGAUAUUUACAUCCUUGAGGGCGCGCAGGUACUCACCGGCAUGGUGUACACCGUCCUCAAGGUCCACCGAAAGCGCCUGCUGAAGAUGUCCAGAGACCACAUCCGGGAGUUCCUGCAGGUGACCCUGAAGCAGGCCUGGUCACUGAGCGAGGAUGCGGUCAUCAGGCAGCUGCGGGCCUCCAGGCGUGAGCUGGGGAAGCUCCAGUGCCUCCUGCCUCCCGAAGAAAAGCCAACCGAAGAUGGCAGCCCGGCCCUGCUGGUGCCGCCUGGCUCUCAGGAGCGCGCUCCCCCACCAGUGUCCCUCAAGACCAUCGUUGAGCGCAAAGGCUGUCACCCUGCUGCUGCAGCUCCCCAGGAGCCAGCGGGGGCUUCAGCUUCUGUCCCCGAGGAGACUGGUCCUCUGGGAUCUGCCGUCCAGCCCGAAACCAACCAACACGCCAAGGAGCAGAAGGGCAGUCAUGGCGAGAGCGGCACCCAGCCCCGCGGCCCGGGCUCCUCCAUGGGGGCCUCAGGGUCAGGGGGCGCCCCCCACCUCUCGGGCCCACAGUGCUCCUGGCUGGACGAGCCAGGCCCCCUCCGGCGCUGGACUUCCCUGACCAAACUCAACGUGACCUUCCAAGAUGACUCCGACUCUGAGGACGAGGAGUACUACAGCGGCCUGGAGAGGCAGGAAGAGGACGAAGAGGAGGAGGAAGAGGAGGAAGACCGGGCUGCUGAGUGUCCUGCGUCUCCCUGGCCAAAGCUGCUGCAGGACCUGAGAUUCGUCCUGCCCGAGACAAUUUUUGAAGAGGACGAGGAGGGAGGCUGUGAAGAGGGCGCCUCCCUGGAGCCCUCGUCCCCAGCCCUGUCUGUGAAGUCCUCAGAGUCUCUGCGUGGCCCGGGCCUCUCGGCCCCACAGAGCUUGCAGAGCAGGGGAGACCUGUCCCGAUGGGGGGGCCUCCCACAUCUCAGCCCGCCUGUCAAAGGCGCUGAUUUCUGGCCCCUGGAGCUGGGUGGCCAGCAGGGUCUCAGGGCCCCUCCCCCACCUGCCUCAGAGCCUCUGGAUCCCAGGCCCAUGCAGGCUGUGCCAGCCCUGGGAGCAGGGCUGAAGACACCCUCCCUGCAUGGGAGCCCCAUGCACUCUGGGGACACUCACGGGCUGGAGCCUGCAGGAGCCAGCCCUGUGCUGGGAGACCAGGCCCGUGUCCCCACCCUGGCUCGAGGCCUCCUUGCUGCCCACUCCAUGGAGGAGCUGGAUGUGUGUGGGCAUCCGGAGGGGAAGAACAGCCCACCAGGUGUCCAGCUCAGACGGGCCAGAAGCCUAGCCUGUCUAAGCACAGCGGCCACCCCGAUGGACAAGGCUCCUCUCUAGAGCGCCUCUCCCCCAUGCUGAGGCCUCACCCUAGCUCAACUCAGCCAGAGUCUAGCUUCUCUAUGCCUGGUGGCCUCCUCGAUUGACAAGGCUCCUCUCUGGAGCUCCUCUCCCCCUCCCUGAGCCCACCCUAGCUCAUCUCAGCCAGCAUCUAGCUUCUCUAUGCCCAACGCCUCCCUCAUUGACAAGGCUUCUCUCAUGAGCUCCUCUCCUCCUACCUGAGGCCUCAGCUUGGCCAGAAUCUAGCUUCUCUAUGCCCAGCGCCUCCCUCUUUGACAAGGCUUCUCUCAUGAGCUCCUUUCCCCCUACCUGAGACCUCAGCUUGGCCAGAAUCUAGCUUCUCUAUGCCUGGUGGCCUCCCCGAUUAACUAGGCUCCUCUCUGGAGCUCCUCUCCCCCUCCCUGAGGCCUCAGCUUGGCCAGAAUCUAGCUUCUCUGUGCCUGGUGGCCUCCCCGAUUGACAAGGCUCCUCUCUGGAGUUCUUCUCCCCCUCCCUGAGCGGCCUCACCCUAGCUCAUCUCAGCCAGCAUCUAGCUUCUCUAUGCCCCGCGGCCUCCCCGAUUGACAAGGCUCCUCUCUGGAGCUCCUCUCCCCUCCCUGAGCGGCCUCACCCUUGCUCAACUCGGCCAAGGAGCCAGCCCACUGCCACAGUUGCUAUGGGCACCCUCAGAGCAGGAGAUGAUGUAGGACAUGAACCCAGGCACCUGUGGGCUGCCACAUACCCCUCCUGCCUUCUUGAGGGAACCCUGGAACUUCUGCCCCUUGUUGAUUCUGUAUUAAAUGGUUUCAGAAUGCCUUUGAUUUUGUGACCCCUGGAGCCGAGCUGCCACACAGGGUCCCUGAGUCCCUUGCAAGGGGCUGGAGGUGCCACAGCCGCCAGCUGCAGCCAGAGACCCGGCUCAGGGUGCUCCAUCACUUCCUGAGAUUGCCCUGUGCCCAGCGUGGACCAGGGGAGGACUGGAGGAGCAGCAGUGGCUGGGUACAUGUGGCCUUUGGGACAGUUCAGGAGUGUGGGCCCAGCCAAGGGACCAGGCCCAUGAUCACCUCUGUGCAGUGUCCUGGGUGUGUGGGCACCAGGUUCCUGCUCUUCUUCCCUCUUUCUUUGCCUUCCAUCCUCCCCUGCCCCAUCUCAAAAUCCAGCAUCUCAUGGCCUGAGCCCGCGAGAGGACCCCAGGGCACUUCUGACCACAGACCAGGAUGCCAGUGGGUGGAGACAGCCCAGAAUGUCCAGGUGGCCCUGGUGGCACACCUGGCUGGCCAGAUGCCCACAUGCCUUCUUGCAGCUCAGGCCUCCUGGGCUGCUGUCACAGUGGGUUCAGCUUCUCCAGGUCAUGCUGUUACACAGGGGUCAUUAGCAUGGAGAAUGUGUCCCCUGAUGUUGGGAGAAGAGACUCCUGGCUCAGAGGCUCCUGGCCUGGUGACUCCAUAAGGAAGGAGUCUGGAACCCUGCCUUGGGCAGAAAGAGCACCCCAGUUCUCCAAGGGUCCCAGACACUUGUAGCCUCUUCCUCAACCCACACGACCUCCAAAAGGCGACUAGGCCCUGUUCAUCAGAAGCCACCUGGGUCAUCCCAAUGGGGCAGGUUAGGCCAUAGCCAUUUUCCCCUGGGUCUGGAAGGCCCAGGAUUCUCUAGCUGUUGAGUCUGGUUUGGAGUUGACCACUCUGUACUCCGUUCUUGAAUGAGCCAUGGCUGUGUCAGUGGCAGGACCCCAAGGGCUCAGAAUUGCUGGUCCCCACAGGGUGCUUUUUGCAGAAUCACGCUGAGGCCAGAAGCUGACGAGACAGAGGGUGACAAGUGGCUACUGUGCUGAUGACUCAUGUCUCCAGGCUGGAGAGCCACAGCCACGGGCCAGUCCUGAGCCUGCUCCUGUUCUCCAGUACUCAAGGCUGGUCCUCUUGUUCCUGGGAACCAUAAGGCCAUAUUUUGGACUCUUCACCUGCUUCUUCUGCUCCUUAUCUGGGGGAAGAUGUGAGCCCGAUGAUGAGCUUGCAGGCAAGGUUGCUACAGGGCAGGCAAAGUGAUGGGAAGGCCCCUGUCCAGGUCAAGCCUGUGCUGUGCUCCCUGCUCUGCCCUGGCUUCCUGGGUGGACUGCAGUGUACUCAGAUACGUGCAGGCAGUUCACCUGUCCAGGCGCAAGCCCUAAACACUGUUACUAAUGGGAACGCACACCUAGAGACUUUCCUGGUGCUUAUGGCCUCGAACCAUCCUCCCCUGGUCAGCCAUGUGUAGGGUGACCUGCAGGCAUCCGUCUCCACUGAAAGCCACCUGCCUUUGGUGACAGUCCUUUGCCCUCUCCUGCAAUGGAGAUUUCACAAACCUGGUGCUCUUUCUUAAGAAGACUUCUUCCAUUGUAUCAGUUUGCUUUCUUGUCAAAGAUCUGAUAACUGUAUUCGUGAAGGUCUCUUCUGGGGUUACCAUUCUGACUCUCACCAGUCCCAGGCUGUCUCAUAAGUUAGGGCAGCUGUGACACAUCAGUCCUCCAGUGUGUUCAUCUUCAGUUAAGGGCGGUGGGAUCUUCUGGGUGUCUCCAUCCCCACAUACAUUUUAAAAUCAGUUUGGUAAUUGUAAAACAUCUUGAUAGGAUUUUUUAAAGAUUUAUUUAUUUCAAAGAGUUACACAGAGAAGGAGAGGCAGAGAAAGAGAGAGAGAGAGGUCUUCCAUCUGCUGGUUCACUCCCCAAUUGCCCACAACAGCUGGAACUGUGCUGAUCCAAAGCCAGGAGCCCCGAACUUCAUCCGAUUCCCCAUACGGAUGACAGGGGCCCAAGCACUUGGGCCAUCUUCUACUGCUUUCCCACGCCAUAGUAGAGAGCUAGAUUGGAAGAGGAGCAGCUGAGACUCGAAGCAGCGCCUAUAUGGAAUGCAGGCACCCGCUACCUACACCACAGCGCUGGCCCCAUUGAUAGGAUUUUGAUUAAGACUGUGUUGGUCUAUCAAGUGAAGAAAUACAGAUAUCUGGGCUAGAUUGAGUCUUCCAAUCCAUGACCACAGAAUGUGUCUCCAAAUGUUUAGUUCUUCCUUGAGACCUUUUUAGGAGCUUUGUGGUGACCUCAUAGAGAUUUUGCAUAUUUUGUUGGAGAUAUGCCUAGAUGUUUCUUUUGUUUUGCUACAGAACCUUUUUUUUAUUUCCAUGCAUAGUUUUCUCAUUAGAUUCAUUUUCCAAGAGCCCUCAUAUGUCAGUGUAGUUCUUUUCUCAUGUGCUGCUCUACACAUCUCAGUCCUGACUUGGUCCUGCUCAUGCACUUGCUCAUCUUUUUCUAGACACACACACACACACACACACACACACAUCCUCUUUCCUUCCUCUAGAUUCACCAUGGUGCCUCCCUGCAUCAUAAAUAAAACAAAACAAAACCACCACAAAAGUCAAAAACACACCCUCCUGUCUCCUGAGCAGACUAAUACAUCUGUUUCAAUACACACGAUGCCAAGCAAGAUUACAGAAGAUGUUUUCCAGGUGUGCUGAAGAAUGAAUCUUCUGUCUUCUACAGAUGCUGAGCCCAGAUGCUCAACAAGCAAGAAGUGGGGUAAUGUUUUUAAGAGAAGGAGAGAGACUGAGAGAGACCCUCCAUGCACUGGUUCACUCCCCUGGUGGCUGCAACGGUCAGAGCUGGGCCAAUCUGAAGCCAAGGGCCUGGAGCUUCUUCUAGUCUCCCAUGUGGGCGCAGGGGCCCAGGGACUUGGGCCAUCUGCUGCUGCCUUCCCAGGUGCAUUAGUAGGGAGCUGGAUCAGAAGUGGAGCAGCUGGUAUACAAACCGGCUCCCACACGGGAUGCUGGCACCACAGGUUGCAGCUUAACCCUGUGCACCACAGUUCCAGCCUGGGUAAUUCGUUGUUUUAAGCUAUGACCACCAAAGGAGACUGCUGGCCAUUCCCACUUAGAUGAAUAGGAAAUAGGAAAUGUUCACCAAGUGUCCCUAGUGGCUACCACACUAGGUGUUCGUGACACUGGGAAACUGAAUGUUACCUGCCUGGGUUUAUAAAAUGGGAUAAUAAACAGAUUAAUUGUAGGACCUUUAUGAGAGUGAAAUGGAAAAAGGCACCCAUCCCCCCUUAGUUUUUUAAGAUGUAUCUAUAUUUGAGAAGCAGAGUUACAAAGAGGCAGAGGCAGAGAGACACACAGAGAGAGAGAGAGGUCUUCCAUCUGCUGAUUCACUCCCCAGAUGGCUUCAAUGGCCAGAGCUGUGCCAAUCCAAAGCCAGGAUCCAGGAGCAGCUUCCUCGUCUCCCACACGGGUACAGGGGCCCAAGGACUUGGGCCAUCUUUCUACUGCUUUCCCAGGCCCUAGCAGAGAGCUGGAUCAGAAAUGAAGCAUCCAGGACUCGAACUGGUACCUAUAUGGGAUGCCCGCACUGCAGGCAGCACUGGCCCCAGCCCCCAUCCCGUGUACAGGUAGUGCUAGAUGUUAUGAUUUUUG